AUGUCGUUCACGCCAGUGAACCCCAAACCGUUCCUGCGCGAGCUAGUGGACCAACCGGUGGUUGUGACGCUCAAGUUUAAUAGUACACAGUAUCGGGGAACGCUAGUGUCGACCGACAAUUACUUCAACGUGAGGCUGCGGGACGCAGAGGAGUUCGUCGACGGCCGUUCUCGCGGAACUGUUGGUGAAAUCUUUGUGCGUUGCAACAACGUCCUGUGGAUCGGACAACCCCAGCCAGAAGCUGCCGAAUGA